AUGUUCUACCAACCAGGAAUAACCGACCAUAACCUGACCCAUGAUCCAUUCAAGGCAUGCGUUGUGCCUCGUCCGAUCGGAUGGAUCUCCACCCAGAACAAGGACGGGCAGUCAAACUUAGCGCCGUAUUCGCAAUUCAACAACCUGACAUUCGACCCCCCAUAUGUGAUGUUCUCUUCCAACCAGAAGGUAGAUGGUACACGAAAAGACACGGUAGUGAAUGCCGAGCAAACCGGGCACUUUGUUUGGAACCUGGCAACCUGGGAUUUGCGCAACGCAGUGAACAUUUCGGCGGAACAGGUCCCGUACGGCGUGGAUGAGUUUGAGCGAGCCAAGGUCACCAAAGAGCGAGCUACCUUGAUGGAUAUUCCCAUGGUUCAGGAGUCUCCAGUGAAGUUUGAAUGUGAAUAUCACUCCACGGUCCGGUUGCCCGGUAAUCCUCCCAUGGGGACCGUGGACAUCGUAAUCGGCCGGGUGCUGGCAGUGCACAUCAAAGACGAAGUUCUGACGGAUGGGCUCCUGGAUGUUCGAAAGACCAAACCGCUCGCCCGUUGUGGAUACUACCAGUAUACCGUCGUCCAGGAGACAUUCGACAUGGUGAUUCCAGGCAUGUCGGAGGACGUGCUGUACGGGCUGGAAGGCAACGCAAAAAGCAAUCGAGAGGCCGAAGCACGAAAUACGCAGUGA